CCAACUCCGUCGAAUUUCCCCACCCUUCACUUUUUUCUGCGCCGCCAACCUACCUCAUCCGUCUCUCUGAACCAACCUAACAUUACUUUUCCAACCCUGGAUUACGAACAACGCCGAUUUAUGCCGACUUUUCUGCGUCUUUUUCUCCAAACUGCACUGCGGAAGUCUACCAGGACUCUCCAAACUGCGUGAAACCAGACGCGCAAACCACAGGAAUUAGUGUGUGUGUUUGUAAUUCCUCUGUUUCUCUGUGUGUGUGUCUUUUUGUGGAGGUUUACGGGCCCAAACUUUUUUAUUCUCAGUUCAACCAUGUACCAAGCUGUGAGGAAGCUGUUUUUUACGGACUGCCAGUGCGCGGAAGAUGCGUCGAAAACGUACGAGGAGCUGUUCGCCAAACUGGACACCAACAAGGAUGGAAAAGUGGAUGUGUCCGAGCUGAGGGAGGGCCUGGCUGCCAUGGGCAUCCGGACUGGGAAAGGAGCAGCUCAGAAAAUUGUUUCCUCUGGAGACCAGGACAAAGAUGAUGGGCUGGACUUCAUGGAGUUCUCCAAGUACCUGAAGGAACAUGAGAAGAAAUUACAGCUGACCUUCAAGAGUCUGGACAAAAAUAAUGAUGGAAAAAUUGACAUUAUGGAAAUAAAGCAGUCACUUGCAGAUCUGGGACUGGACAUAAGCAAAGAGGACGCACAGAAGAUCCUUCAAAGUAUUGAUGCAGACGGCACCAUGACCGUGGACUGGAAUGAAUGGAGGGAGCAUUUCCUGUUUAACCCUGCCACGAACCUGCAGGAGAUAAUCCGCUACUGGAAGCACAGCACGGUUCUGGACAUCGGUGACAGUCUCACCAUCCCAGAUGAGUUCACAGAGGAGGAGAAGACCACCGGCCUGUGGUGGAAGCAGCUGUCAGCCGGAGCCAUGGCAGGCGCUGUGUCCCGUACAGGCACUGCCCCUCUGGACAGAAUGAAAGUGUUUAUGCAGGUGCAUGCCUCCAAGAGCAACAAGAUCAGCCUAGUUGGUGGUUUUAAGCAGAUGUUAAAAGAAGGAGGCCCAACUUCUCUGUGGAGAGGGAACGGAAUUAACGUCCUGAAGAUCGCCCCUGAGACGGCCAUUAAAUUUAUGGCCUACGAGAAGUACAAGAAGAUGCUGGCCAGCGAACCAGGAAAGAUCAGAACACAUGAGAGGUUCAUGGCGGGGUCGCUGGCUGGAGCCACGGCACAAACUGCCAUCUACCCCAUGGAGGUGCUGAAGACUCGUCUGACUCUGAGGAAGACCGGGCAGUACUCAGGAAUGUUUGACUGCACCAAGAAAAUCCUUAAGAAUGAGGGGUUGAAGGCGUUUUACAAGGGCUAUGUUCCUAAUAUUCUGGGCAUCAUUCCAUAUGCUGGAAUAGAUCUGGCAGUGUAUGAGAGCUUGAAGAACCUCUGGUUGUCUCACUACGCCAAGGACACGGCCAACCCUGGCGUUCUGGUGCUACUCGGUUGCGGUACCAUUUCCAGUACAUGUGGUCAGCUGGCCAGUUACCCCCUGGCUCUGAUCCGCACCAGGAUGCAGGCACAAGCGUCUUUGGAGGGCUCUGAGCAGUUGCCGAUGAACCUAAUGGUGAAGAAGAUUCUGGAAAAGGAAGGCUUCUUUGGACUUUACCGUGGCAUCCUGCCCAAUUUCAUGAAGGUCUUACCUGCUGUCAGUAUCAGCUAUGUGGUGUACGAGUACAUGCGGUCUGGCCUCGGGAUUCAGAAAUAAGGAGCAGAGUCGACUGUGCUUUUGUUUGCCUGUGAGAGUACAGACAGAGGAGCAGCAAAUUUUUACAACCUGUUUACCCAGUUCAUCACCUACGUCUGAACUCAGACUGCCUCAAAUGGAACCACUGUAGAUGUUUAGAAAGUGAAUACAGGACUUAUCUGCACCACCAAGUAGAAAAUCCUGCUGAAUUAACAUCAGUGUUCAGUGCAGUGGUUCCAUUUGUGUGGUGUUGGUCUAGGCUGCACCCACCGCAGACAGUUUGAAAACCAAAACACUCAGAGGUUAACUUUAUUUUUUGGGGUAAAAUGAUGGUUCGGUUAGAAAUGCCAAUGUUUUUUUUUUUUUAAUCAUAAGUUUAAUGUAUUGGUCCUGUUUAAGAGAAAUGUUUCACAUGUUUUUGUAAUAAUUGACCAAAAGCACCUUAUUAUACAGUUUACCAUCCAAACUCUCAUCUGAUAAAACACAAUGCAUUCACAGGUGAAAGAAUCAGUGUUCUACUGUGAUCUGUCAGUCAUAGGUCUGCAAACCAAAAAUAGAAAAGUCAAACUCCUGUGACUUUAAACAGUCUCAACACAUUAUGUAAGAUGUCAUUCGAGGGUGGAGCUGUUUCACGUUGAAAUCUGAGGAAAUAAGUGCAAUACUGUAUUUCUACAUUCACCUGCUGUUAUGUUUGAGGUAUAUUAUUUCAGGAGUGGGUUUCACCUGAGGAUUGUUUGUUGGUUCCAUUUUUAACAAGAGAUUUUGCACCUUUUCAGCACUGCUGGUGGGCAGGAAGUUAUGUGCCUUAUGUCAUUUUCCUCAGAUAUCUAUGGAGUUCUCCAUCUUGGAUUUUUUUCCUGCCUUUAUUUUCAAUGUUUGGUGAAUUAGAGACUGGUGUUUACAUUAAU